GCGAUUUCUCGAUAUCUAAACAAGCCUGUCGCUUUUAGUAGGCAAAGUUCGGGUAAAGAGCAAGUCCCUGAUCCAGGCGUGCAAAACACCCACCGAGCGCGCACUGUAGCAAAAACCUAGCUUCCUUUCUGGCAUUCUAGGGUUUUAUUGCGCUCGUCUGAACUCUGAAGAUGGCCGAUUCGCCUCGUAAAAGGUAUUCAAGAUCUCCUUCCCCCCCUUUGAGAGCACGAUCAAGGUCUAGAUCCAGAUCUAGGUCAAGGCCUAGGUCCCGAUCCCAGUCCAGAUCAAGGUCUGGAAGUCGUGGAAGGGAUAAUGCUUCAAAUCCUGGCAAUACACUCUAUGUGACUGGUCUGUCUACAAGGGUCACGGAAAGAGAGCUUGAGGAUCAUUUCUCAAAAGAGGGAAAGGUAAUUUCAUGUCGUCUGGUUGUGGAACCUCGUUCACGUGCAUCACGGGGUUUUGCCUUUGUUACUAUGGACACGAUCGAGGAUGCGGACCGCUGCAUCAAGCAUUUGAACCAGUCAGUUUUGGAAGGCCGGUACAUAACUGUUGAGAAGUCAAGGAGGAAGCGCCCAAGGACACCUACACCUGGAAACUAUCUUGGGGUGAAAAGCAGCAGAGAAUCAGGCUAUCGAGGUGAUCGUGGUAGAUACCGUGGUCGUGAUGACUAUGGGUACCGGCGGUCUCCAAGGCGGUCACCAUAUCGAGGAGGCCGUGAUUAUUCUCCUCGACGCUCACCUUAUGGAGGCAGAUCAAAAAGAGAGCGCUCUCGAUCUCUACCCUAUUCUCCUUAUGGUAGCCCAGAAAGAGGUUAUGGCCGUCGACCGAAUGUUUAUGCAAGAUAGUUGGUUCUCAUGUCUCAUGACUCCUAUUUGAGGGAUUGAUAAAAACUACACCUAGUUAAGGGUUUGACACAUCUACAGAGAUUCACGCUCCUUGCUCUGAAUUUGGGUUUAGUAUAAAUUUAAGCAAGUUUGGUAUUCCAUCUUCCGUUGUUAGAGACAUUUUCCUUUUCAACUAUCUCAUCGUAAUGGUUUUGGAUCUAGAAGGAUGAGGAGCUUGUGGACUAUAUCUCUUUUUAAUCACGGUUUUUUCUUGGCCAAAUUUAAUCACUAAAAAUUGUUUUGUGGGAUG